UGAUGCCUGCCUGCCUUUUUCCUGGAUCAAGCCCAUUUAAAUCAGACUGGUUCCACUUGUAAGAGUCACCAUGCAAGAUGUUUCUUUGACUAAGAUCGGUUCCAGGCACGGGAGCAGUGCCAGAGGCAGGCGCCUGCGGCUAAUCUUGCUUUCAGGAGAGCCAGCGAGGAGGAACAGUGCUCAUUAUUCCCUUAGAGUGAGCCUGAGCUCGCCCGCGUUGUUUGUGCAAUGUACUGCAAUGAGCCUAACCCCUCCUUUACUACACGGUGCUGGCUGGAGUACCUGCUGGUCUCUAAACGUCACGAGGCUUCACUUAUAAAGCACAGGCAGUAGAUCUUCCCCCUGCUGUCUCUCCAAGAGGCGCAUGAGAAGCAAGCUCUACGCAGGCAGAAAGAUGUUUUAUUCAGGUAUUCUGACAGAGCCGAGUAGAAAAGAAGUGGAGAUAAGGGAAGCUGCAUCUCUCCGCCAGCAGAGGAGGAUGAAGCAGGCGGUUCAGUUUAUUCACAAGGAUUCUGCAGAUCUCCUUCCUCUGGAUGGGCUGAAGAAACUGGGAACUUCAAAAGAUACUCAACCACACAAUAUCCUGCAGAGACGCUUAAUGGAGACAAAUUUAUCAAAACUGCGAAGCAGCCGGGGCAGCUGGUCUCUGAAGAGUGACAUCUCAGCACAGACCAAUAAGCUGAAUCAAACCAAACUGGGCAGCUCAAGGAAAGUGGAGGAUGAGGAGUUCAUAGUGGUGAGCUGCCAGUGCGCUGGGAAGGAGCUGAAGGCCGUGGUGGACACCGGCUCGCAGCACAACCUGAUGUCAUCCGCCUGCCUGGACAGGCUGGGGUUAAAGGAGCAUCUUGAAGCACUUCCCAGUGAGGAGGAGGCAAUUUCAUUACCACACAACGAGAGGGUCAUUGGCCAAAUUGACCAUCUGGUCCUGACGGUGGGAGCGGUCCGCGUGGAGUGCGCUGCGCUUGUUGUGGAAGACAAUGAGAAAUCCUUCUCCUUUGGCCUGCAGACACUGAAAUCCCUGAAGUGUGUCAUAAACAUGGAGAAGCACCAUCUUGUUCUGGGGAAGAUGGACAGGGAAGAAAUCCCAUUUGUGGACAGCAUCAGCGCUGGGAUGGGAGAGCACACUUUGGAGGCAUAAAGAGAAAUUGAAAUGCUGUCCCUACACAAGAGCUUGACAUCAAAGAAAUUCCGUGCAGCUGCUCCAGAUGAAACAGCAAUGCACUGCGUUGAAAACAUUUAUACUAGGCUACAGCUUAAGUAUAGCUAAAUGAAAUCUGUUCAGUAGCCAGUAACUUAGAGAUAUUGUCAUGUUUAUCUAUGGGUUUUGAGAAACAAAUGUGUGCUUAUUUUCUGGACUUUUCUAUGUAGUGUUCUCUUUAUUACGAACAGUUGGGAAACCUUAUGAAUUUCUUCUGCUGAGAAAAAUAAUUUUUAUAGUAGCCUCAUAAGAGUAAUUGUAUUUAGCUGUGAUUAGAGGCAAUCAGAAUGAAAUUUUUAUUAAUGAUUUUUCCAGAGGCUAAGCAUUUAUAUUCACUUAAUUGAUAUUGCCACAUUCAAAUGGCCAUUACCAGGAAGUUACUCAUAGUAAAAUAACAACACUAAUAUCGUCUAUGAAUUAUAGUUCAUCCUGUUAGCCAUAGUAUUGUUGCUGUGUAAUUGGGGACGCAACUGCUGGCUUGAUGAGAAAGAGCAAUUACAAAAUUAUUCAUGGGUUAGGCUCCCCCUUGGGCGGCGUGGCGGCAGCACAGAAUCAGCGGUUGAAAGGGCUCCCAGGCUGACCUCUGCAGCCGCCUGCUUGCCGUGGGAGGUGUCCUCCAGCAAGUGGUGCCAGGGCUCGCCCUCUCCAGGAAAGUCCCCAGAGGGCUCUUGGCUGUCUCCCUAGAGGGAAUAGGCAGGAAUAUUAAUCAUUGUAUUGUGCCAAAAAGAAACAAAUGAGCGCACAAUUGUAUUGUCGGGUAUGAGAGCAGACAUAGAGCCUUAUUGCUCUAUUAAGAAUCACAUGCCCUCAAAGCACCCUUGCUUUUCCCCUGCUGCCGCGACUGGUCCCUCGGCUCUGCCUGCAUGUCCAGCUUGUAACCCAAAGCACCAGCAGCACCGGGGCGCCGUACCUGUGUGGGGGUUGGACUCCGGUUGUACUUUAAUGAUGCUGUCAGGAAUGCCACAAUUUUUUUUAAUCUAUUUACAAAUCACUGGUGAUUUAAAGUACAACAUUAACCUUGUCCACCCUCAGGGCAAGUGGGAAUUUUCACUGGGAUAAGCACCUCAUUUGGCAUUGCUAUCCUGGAGCAGCAAGGUUGCUACUUCACAUGCUGCUUGCUUGCAGACCAGAACAAAUGUACGGUACUGUGUGGAGGAGCCUGACCUUGUACAAAAGCAGCUUUCUAGAUUUUUAAAAGCUAAUUCGAAUUAAUUAGUCGUCUGCUGAAGGGGCAUCUUUGAAAUUCAGAGUAAUACCCUUGUGAUAUUCUGUACCCACUGAUUUAGAAUCACAGAAUUGUAGGGGUUGGAAGGAACCUCAACAGAUCGUCGGGUCCAACCCCCCUGCCAAGCAGGAUCCUUAGAGCAGGUUGUCCAGGUAGGCGUCCAGACGGGCCUUGAAUAUCUCCAGAGAAG